UGCUACGAUACGACGUUAGGAGUCGAGGGCACCGACCUACGCCCGGCGCAGUGCUAGCUGCGCGCAUAUACGCCGCUGUCCUGUCACGCGCGUGAAAUGCGAGAGCUUACAGACGUGUUAGUAGUAACCUACAGUGCGGGGAGGAGACUGGCGGCAGUGGGCGGUGCUGCACAUGCGCUGUUCCGGUUGUUUUUGGCGGGGUUUGGUCGCUGCGUAGAGCCCCCUCCGGUAGUGGCAACUCAUCCGCUGCUCCAGUUCCGUUCCUCCCAGCUCUCACUCUCUCUCGCGGGAAGGACUGUGUGGAGUUUGUAUAUUCUCCCCGUACUUGCAUGGGUUUCCUCCGGGUACUCCGGUUUCCUUCCACAAUCCAAAAAUAUACAGUUUUCCGGCUCCACCCAUUUCGGAAGUAGAUAAUGGACACCACUGAGACUUCUCCAGGGGCGAGACCGAAUAGGGGCACCAAGAUGGGGAAAAAAAACAAGAGAGCAUCUGAUGCCUCUUCUUCCUCCGAAGAAGAAGAAUAUGUGGUAGAAAAAGUCCUUGAUCGGAGGAUUGUUAAAGGACAAGUGGAAUAUCUGCUUAAAUGGAAAGGAUUCUCUGAAGAACAUAAUACAUGGGAACCGGACAGGAAUCUGGACUGCCCUGAGUUAAUCUCUGAAUUUAUGAAAAAAUACAAGAAAGCCAAGGAGGGUGAACCCAAACCCAAGACAGAAACCACCAAAAGAAAAGCUGGAAGUGAUGACAUUAGGGCAAAAAAGCGGAGGGAGAGCAACGAUAUUGCACGAGGAUUUGAAAGGGGUCUUGAACCUGAAAAGAUUAUCGGUGCUACGGACUCCUGUGGGGAGCUUAUGUUCCUUAUGAAAUGGAAAGACUCUGAUGAAGCCGACCUGGUGCUAGCGAAAGAAGCCAAUGUGAAGUGUCCACAAAUAGUUAUUGCAUUUUAUGAGGAGAGAUUGACUUGGCACGCCUACCCCGAGGACACAGAGAGCAAAGAGAAGGAGGCUGUGAAAAGCUAAAAAUGCUUUUUCCAUGUGUGUAUAAUAUACCCCUGCCAUUUCCACACACAUACACACACACAGUCUCCCCACACUCCUUAUUUGCCCUGGUCCAAGUGUUCUCAAGAGGGGGGAUGGGAGGAAAACAAAAAUUAUUUUUAUUUUAUUUUUCUGUACACUUAACACUUUUGCCCUGAAACACUCCUGUAGUGGCAUUUGCACAAGAUGUGACUGCCAUAACGUAUCAGACAUGGCAUAUCCACCACUCUUGGAGGGACGCACUGUAGACAUUGCUGGCUGCGUGCUGCUACGUUUUUACAAAUUUUAAAUUAAGAUGAGGAAGAUCUACAGUGGUGGAUAAGGGUUUAAUAGUAAAUGGUUAACUUUGUUCAGUGUUUGGUAAGUACAUCCAGGAUCAGUUGUGAGAGGACCUCCCUCUAUUGACAGUGAAAAGUAAUGUACUGUGAAGGGAACCUUGCUGCUUGUCGAGGGAGAAGACUUUGUGUUUUGUUACUUGUUUUAAAUUUUUUUUUUUUAUAUCUAUAAUCUGUGUACCUUGAUGUUGGGUCUCUGCGUUUGCUUGUUUCCCGAGAUGCUCUCUUAACAUGACAAGGAACGUCUCAAGUAGUGAGUGUGCCCCACUCUGCAGGAGACUUUGUAUAUUCAUAACCAAAGUGUAAAUGCAAAGCACUUUGAGAAAGACACUGUAUGUGGGUCCCACAAUCAGCAUUGCGAAAAAAAGACCUCAAAAGUAUUUUGUAGGGGGUGUUAUGAGACAGUGUGGCUUUUUGUAUGUGUGGUUCAUUCAGUGUGCCAUAUAUAGUGAUAGAAUGUCAUACCUUUAUAAUAUUCCUGCGUGAGGCACAAAAGUGCCACAGAGCAUUGAUUUCCAAGUGGAAUACUGUAGUCAUGCUUCUUGAGGAUGCAUACAUUUGUAUGUGUGUAUAUUAGACAUACAGUGGCUUGCAAUAAGUAUUCAAACCCCUAAACAUUCAACAUAAUUGUCUGUAUUACAAAGAACACUUGCACAGAUUGUUCCCGACAGUGUUUUUAUUGCAAACUAGUAGUCUCUUCACCAGUUGCCUGGCGUGGUUCAUCAUAUGUGACCAUGUCAAAGAUGCGGCGGCUGAUUGAAGGUAACCUUCUGGUAGCCACUGGGCUCAGCCCACCUGGCUGGCCCCUUAAUUGCUGCUGCAAACUUUCCCCUGGGCCUAAGCCUGGAUUCAGGGGGAGCAGGGUAUGUUGGGGUGACGGGCACUGAAAGCGGGUGGGGACUGCAAGAGACAAUUCUAAUAGGAUCACCCACCGGCCUAAGCUGUCUGCACUGCAGCCGCCCCGCCUCCCCCUGCUCUCCUUCCCUCCCAGCCAGCAAUGAUUGGCAAUCCUUACAAUCGUCCCUAAAUAUUUUUAAUUAUAUCACAGUAAAGGUGUUCAUUUUUUUUUUUUUAUGAUCACAUUAUGCUCAUAAGAGCUAUUUAACUAUCAUUUUAUUAAUAAAGCUGCAUAUUUGUAAGUCAAUAUUAUAUUAUUUACAUUAUUUGAUAAUUGAAAAAUCUAAUUUUGGGGACAUUUUGUUGGGGAAAAAUUAACCAGUUAAGUGGUUAAAGCAAAUUUUUAAACUGAUAGGAGGGUAUUUAUCAAAGCUUGGUGAGAGAUAACAUUGUGAAAACUAAAGUACCAACCAUUCUGCUCCUGUAAUUUUUUCAAGCACAGCCUGUAAAAUGUAAGACAGAUGCUGAUUGGCUAGUACUUUAUUUUUCACAAUUUAUCUCUCUCUAGACUUUAAUAAAUACUCCCUGUAAUGUAUUAUUUGUUUGCAGAUGAAACCAAAAAUAAAAAAAUCUGAAAAGGCCACAUCAGCCAACUAUCACUUUGAAGGAGCUACAGUACUAAAGGUGCCAACACACUAGGACUAUAUUGUGUCUUUUGGCACAAUAUCAACGCAUCGGACCGUCGUAUCGCGAGUAAUUGUACCACAGUGCGCUCCCGGAAGCCAUAAGCAGGGUGGCCCUGUCGCUUGCGAUGAUGUGCUAACGUUAGAUCACAUGAGUGAGGUGACCUAGACUCACGCUGCUGGCAAAGAGUUGAAGGGGUAUCGCAUCUGACGGAGCGCAUGAGAUACCUCUUCCUAGUUCCUAGUGUAUGAACACCUAUAGUUCAGUGAAAUCUGUUGACUUUUUUGAAGCGGUAGAGCACUUUUGCAAGCCAGUGUAUAUACACACACACACACAAAAAAUUUACAUUAAAACAUUUUGGGGGUUUUGAUACAGCUCUGUUACUAAAGAAAUGAAUAUGUGAAACCCAGUACUUUCCAAGCGUAAUUUAAAUUGGUCACCAUGAUUUUAAUGGAAAAGGUGUCAGAGAAAUGUGACUAAGUGAUUUUCAGUUGCUGCGGGUGCAAUUCCAACCUCUAUCAGUAUGCUUAAAUGUUUAUAUAAAAGUAAGUUCAUCAUGUGGUUUAUAAACAUGUCCGUUCAUUAUGUAAGGUGGAAGAUGCAACAAUCUGCUAACAGCGGGGAUCUUAUUAAAUGUUCUGGUUGCUAUAAAUGAGAGCCUACUUACAUGUGAGCAUGAAAACAGAAUCUGAAUAUGACCAAAGUAUUGGUCUACAGCAAAUAAAUGUGCUUUAAAUAAGACUUAAAA